AUGAGUGUGAAUUACGAAUCUAGAGGUAGUCAAACCAGCACCUCACUGGCGACAACAAAAACUUUGGUGUGUCUUAAUAGUAUGGAUGCCACAUAUCAUCAUAUGAAAGUUGAUGGAACCACAACAAAUACAUCAAUUAUAUAA